AUGUUACAUGUAUCAUCAAUGUUAACUUAUGGUUUUUUAUCAUUUAUAUUGGCAUUUUUUAACAAGGCACUUUUUGAACUAGCUAAUUUUCAUAAUACUUUAGUUGUAAUUUUUUCUCAACUUAGUUUUAUACUUAUAUUAUUCCAUAUAUUGGCUUAUUUUCAUUGUAUAACAUUACCUAUUAUGACAAAAACUGAAGCAUAUACAUUACUUAUUCCAUCUAUUUUCUAUUGUUUAACUACAGUAUUAUCUUUAGAAGCACUUUUGAAACUUAAUGUAGCUGUAUAUGUUGUGAUUAAACGUUGUACACCAGCAUUAACCUUUGUUUUAUCUGCAAUAGUAUUAAAGAAGCAAAAUCUUAAUAUGAAAACAGGUUUAUGUGUAUUCACUAUUACUAUCGGUGCAGCAAUAACAUCCAUUGAUGAUGUAUCCUAUCAUAUGGAAUCGUAUAUAAUUGGAAGUUUUAGUGUAUUAUUUCAUUCUCUUUAUCUUCUUACAAUCCAACGAUAUAGUGAACAACGAACAUCCAAUGAUAUUCUUUAUAUCAAUAGUUUAUUAUCAUUACCAAUGAUAUUUAUGUUAAUGAUAAUAUUUCCUAAUGAAUUAUCAAAUAUUAAAUCUUAUGAAGGUUAUAAUACAAUAAAUUUUUGGUUAUUUUUUUUAUUAUCAACAUUUGGUGGAGGUCUACUUAAUGGUGCAACAUUUUGGUGUACAAUUAAAAAUUCAGCAUUAACUACAACUGUAGUCGGUGUUUUAAAAAGUGUUCUUCAAAUAUUUUUUGGUGUGUUUGCAUUUGAGCAACUUCCAAUUAAUAAUAAAACAAUUAUUGGUAUUUUAUUAUCACUUAUUGGUGGUACUAUGUUUAGUUAUUUUGAAUAUACAAAUAAACAAACAAAAUCAGGAUUAAAUGUUAUUAUGAUGAAGCUUUAUAUUCUAUUUAUCUUUAUUUGGUCUUUUUUAAACCCUUCUUCUGCUAUUCUUAGUAAACCAUGUUCACGUGAAAAUAGUCGAAUUGUUCGUGAUUAUUUUAAACAAACAGUUAGUUCAAUCUAUGAAAAAAAUCAUUUAUCUAUUCCUGAUGAAUGUAUUUUUUCACCAAAACGUGAUAUUUUUUAUCAUCAAGAAUUACACAAAACUAAAAUAACAAAUAAUAAAUGGUUAUGUCAAUAUUGUAAUAAAGUAUUCUAUUCAGAAUAUUAUCUUGAUAUACAUAUGUCUAAUCGACAUAAUGAUACAUUAAUUCAUGAUGAACAAUCUGUAUGUUUAGCUGAUUAUUGUUCAAUAUUUCGAUGUGAUGUUUUAAAACGACAUAAAAAAUCUUUUCGAGCUUUUCAUUUUUUUAUACGAACUUCUGAUGUAACAAAAAGAAAAUCAAAAAAAAUUCUUAAUGAACAACAAUUAACUAUUUUAAGAAGUCGAUGUGCAUCUAUUAUCAACGAAUGUGUUCCACACAAUAUUAAACAUGAUACUCGAGUCAAAAUGCAACAUGAAAUGUAUGCAGAAAUUUGUGCUUAUUUGACAACCAAUAGAUAUUUUGAAUCACCAACUCAUGAUAAAACUUUAAUUAAAAUUACAUCUAUUUUUUGUUUUGUAAUUUGUAUUGCCAUGUGUUUUAUUGGUAUUGCAAUUAUAAAACGUUCUGAUUGGAAAUUCGGUUUUCAUGGUGAUGAUGAAACUGAAAAACAUCUAUCCGAUGAAACAAUAUCUACAGCAACUGCAUUAUUAUCAAAAACACCUCGAAAUAGUAUUAUUCAUUCAUCAAAACAUCUAACAUCUAAUGUUCGCCAUCGAGUCCAUUUUGAAACUGUAGACGAAUAUAAUCAUUUACAUAGUGAACAUAUGUAG